AUGCUCUGCCUCCGGGACUCGGGCGACUGCUUACGGGAGCAGAUGCAGUACAUGAUGCGGUCGCUGCAGGAUCUGAAGCAGCUGCGCAGGGCCUGCCCGGCGGCCAGGCCGGCCCCGGGCCCCUUCGGCGCUCCGGCCCUGGCGCGCCACUCGGCGCUGGCCCGGGCGUGCCAGCAGCGGGCGCUGCAGCGCGCCCGGCUGCGGAUGUCCGACGCCAGCACGGCCAGCACCUACGACUCCGCCUGCUGCCUGGCCAGUCCGCUGGAGGAGGAGGAGGAGGACGAGGAGGAGGAGGAGGAAGAGGAGGACUCCGGCAGCCGGCUGGGCCUGCGGUCUCCCAGCAGUCACAAGAGUUUGGAGUUUGAUUCCGGCUACUCGGAGGCGUCCUGGCAGGAGGACGGGCUCGUUCUCAGGAGGACCAGGAACGUGCGGGUGUCGUCCGCCGCCUGCCUGCGCACAAACAGGGCGCCGAGCGGGCGCGUUCGACCCAAGUCCACGUCGGACGCAUGCCUGGAGAGGUGGACCUCGUUCGAGGUCAGCGAUCCAGAGGACUGGACCAACUCCCUGCUGACCAGAGGGCGCAACCGGCAGCCUCUGGUCCUGGGGGACAACAGUUUCGCGGACCUCAUACAGAACUGGAUGGACUUGCCAGACUGUCCCGAACCCUCAGAAGCGAAGCCUCAUUCAGGACGGAGGCUGGGAAGGGGCUUCUUUGUCAACAUGAGAAAAAAGCUGUUUGGCGUUCCUAAGAGCGUGGAAGAGCGAGUGAUGAUGAGACCCACAGACUCUGCCCAUCUCAACAGAGCUGCCAAUGCCCCAAAACGUCUGUCCUGUCCUGUUGUGGCAUCACAACCCAAAGUCCCCUUUUUCCACCAGUCCCACUCGGGAAUUAAUGAAUUAGACACUGACAUCUUCCACUUUGCAGCGCUCAUGAAGUCAGGCAGCCGGCAGCCAAUAAUUUGCAAAGAUAUUAUUGGCUACAUCUGA